GUCAAAAUUUACAGAUUUCAUUUUGGAGUUGAUAGGAUUUCGAGACCCAACGGGUAACAGAUAAACCGUGACAAUAAUUUUGUGCGAACGAACGUUUAUCUCGGGCAACACUAAAUUCGUUCGCGUAAAAAGUUGUUUUGAUCGUUAUGUGGUGACGAGUACAUCCGCACUGGGAGGGCAACCAUUUAAUUGCGAAGAUGUCUUUUAACGCGCUGGGUCGCAAAGCUCUUCCGAGACUGGUCAAUUUCGCGAAAUGGAAUUACUUGAAAACGUCAACGCGGCUAGUGUCGACGGGUGAACCUGCUUUGGCCAAGAAAGAGGUGGAAAUAACGUUCGUUAAAGCUAACGGGGACCGUAUCAAAGCCAAAGGGAAGGUGGGAGAUUCUUUGCUUGACGUUGUAGUGAAUAACAACAUUGAUUUGGAAGGGUUCGGAGCUUGUGAGGGGACCCUCACUUGCUCCACUUGCCACUUGAUUUUGUCGGAAGCCGAUUACAAAGGUUUGCCUAAUAAGCCGACCGAUGAGGAAUUGGAUAUGCUCGAUUUGGCGUAUGAUUUGACGGACACCUCGCGACUAGGCUGUCAGAUUCUUUUGUCGGAGAGCUUGGACGGCCUGGAAGUUCGGGUUCCCGCAACAAUUAACGAUGCACGAAGCUAACAGAAAUUUAUAUACAGGAUGAAUUUUUGAGAAGAUUAUUGUUUAGCGUUUAUUGUACAGUGUUUAAUAAACAAUAUUAAGUUAUGUAUUUAUUUCGCCUUGAACGUUCUAGGUCUGUCCCAAUAGUCGGUCAAU